AUGGAGGACCGACCGCCCAUUAUAACCGUGAAAGACUCCCCGUCCCCUUCUACUGGAGAAGUUACACCACAGCUUGAGUCGACAAAACCCCAAAUGUUCCGUUUCUUGUCCAAUAUCUUCGAGGUUAUCGUGCCUCGAGACCACACCGGCUCGGGCUUCGAUGAAUGGCCUGCACUUCUCGAGCGUGCAGAUGGAGGUCUUGAAAUUGGCAAAGCUUUGCGAACUGUGGUCUCUAUCCUUCAAUACCUGCGAGAGAAAUCUCCUGCGAUCAUUGCACCUGCGACAAAGGUCCUAGCUGACGGUAGUCGGUAUGAGCCGUGGCGAUUACCUUUCGGAGAUGAGAAGAUGUUGGACUUCUACCUUGAUCUUCUUGCCGCAGAUGAAAUCGAGCAUGAUUGGACUCCGGAUGCUCUGCGUUUAGUUGGCAAUACUUGUGCCGAUCUGGACAUCAACCGAGAGCGUGCACUUGCCAAGCUGAAGCUGCCAGCCUUGCUCGAUCGCUUGCAAGAAGAGGGGAAAGCAAGCAUUGCCAUCGGUGUGCUAUGUAACCUUUGUCUCGACUAUGAACUGGCGCAGGUAGCUUUGAGGGCUAACCGGCUAUUUCCUAGCCUUAUUACACUGCUCGAGCGCCGGUGUUACAAACAAGAUUAUCUCCCUCAAAUUGCUCUCCUCUUAGACGUCGCCAUUGAGGAUUUCAAUCCGGAGCUGUAUUCCGAUACUCAAGCGGUUACUAUCAUCCAUCAAGCCCUCACAAUACCGGGUGUAGACAUUGAAACCCAAGUUUCCUUAGCAAAUGCAAUUGUUGCUCUUUUAAAGCACGAGCAAAUCCAGAAGGCUUUGCUAGAAGAUUACAAGUUGUCAAUUAUCCUUGAUUUGUUUGUGUUCUCUUACACUCAAGAUGCUGCAAGUACGAAUUAUUUUUCCACGUCGGAGUCCGAACCUCCAUUGCACCACCCGGUGCAGGAUCCGGAGGAUGAAGCUCAACUUACGGCUUUGCGCUCCGCCUUGUCCGCGAAGUUGUGGGACAUGACUGCGCUGACUGAAUUUACUAUCAAGUACCUGCCUGCAUCGAAACUUGUUCAAAGACUCAUCUCGUGGCUGUCGAUAGAUGAACCGCAGAUGCAAGUCUGUGCUUGCAGUAUACUUCGCAAUGUGGCGAGCUCUGACCAAAAUGCUACCGACAUGGUCAAGAAUUUCAAGGUUCACUGGUUGCUCAGAUCCCUCCUGGAGGACGUUAGCAAUCUCCAAGUACUGGAAGAAUCAAUUCGACUCAUGAAGAAUCUAGCAGUACCUGCAGCAAACAAAAAAGAACUCGAAAGUUUUGAAAGCGUUACAUUAGUUUGGUCCAACUUCGAAAGUCCGACCUUACACUACGCAGCUGCCAGCCUCGUGAGACAGUUGGUUAGGGGAUGCUUUGAUAACGUUUAUCGGUUUUUGAGACCGAACACCUCAGCUAAGGAUGAUAGCUACGCUUCCCGUCUUCUUCACCUCUAUAGCAACACUAACGAUCCAGCUAUCAAGAUCGAGGUUGCACGUACCAUUGUAGAGGUAUGGCGUACAGCCAACAGUGGUAACAGCGAGGAAGUCCGCUCUAGAGUAUUUCGCGUGGAGAAAGCAGUGCGCGAGCUGAAUUUGCGUCCUGACGAAAUUGUCAAGCCCGUGGUAGCGAUGAUCGCAGAGUCUGGGAACCAGUCACUUGUAACAGAAGGAUGGUUCGGCUUGGCUUUAAUGACCAGCUCGGAGGAAUGGGGUGAAGCCGUCUACAACGCAUUGUGUGGAGAUGCAACCAAGGGAGUCUUCAAAGCAGCGGUCUCCAGUGAAGACGCGCAUUCGAAGGACCGGGACAAUGCCCGGAUCCUCGUUGACAGGCUAUUGAAGUAUAGUGUGGGUCUUCUUCCCCGCCAUAAACGGUCACCCGACGACGCUCGCUGA